AAAUGUGUUUUUGGUUUAAAUGGGGCGUUUCCUCACUGUUUGUUCUUUCAGAGUGGACCAUGGUGGAGAGCACAGGCUAAAACGUGGUCUGCAGAAGUAUGCUUGUGAACUCACACUGGACCCAAACACAGCUCACAGAAGUCUUCUUCUGUCUGAAGACAACAAACGGGUGACAUCUGCGAAGGAGGACCAGCCUCAUCAGUUUCAUCCAGACAGAUUUGACACCAUCGUACAGCUGCUCUGCAGCAACGGGCUGACCGGACGCUGUUACUGGGAAGUCAAGACUAAAAACUGCUUUACUAUAGGGGUGACUUACAGAGGAAUCAGCAGGAGAGGAAAGGGUGCUGACUGCCAGCUUGGAGGAAAUGACAAGUCCUGGAGUCUGUGCAACAAUUGGUGUUCAUGGCAAAUUAGGACCAGAACACGUACAGGGUCUUUCAAAAGCUCUGACAGAAUAGCAGUGUAUCUAGACUGGCCUGCUGGCUCUGUGUCCUUCUACAGAGUCUCCUCUGACACUCUGAUCCAUCUCUACACCUUCUACAGCAGAUUCACUGAACCUCUCUACCCUGGCUUUGGCUUGGACUCUUCAGGUUACUCUCCAGCCUCAGUGUCUUUGUGUCCACUGAUGAGUGAACAAAGUCAGACAGAAGUUUAGUCUCUGCUCUGUUGAGAUGUGAUCCCACGACAGUGGAGCUGCAUUAGGAGUGAACAGAGGAAACCACAAAGCCGUUAUUAAUGACAGAAAACUACAGUGAACGACGAGUGUGCCUCAUUUUCUGUGAAAGCUUUGUGUAGAAAGCUGAACGCAGUCAGUGAUGAAACUGAAUCGGUGAAGAUUCUUCCCCAGUCAAAGUCUUACAGUUACUUAAAAGUUCAAGUUUUAGGAUGUUUCUAUAGUACAAGAGACAAGAACCUGCCAUACUAAGGUUUUCUUUCCUUUCUUUUCCUUUAAUCAUAAUAAUAAUCCUACAAAGAAUCAACUUGUAACCAUAGCAACGGGGCUGGACAUCCACUGCAUGAGUCUUAUAUGAAGUCUUUAAAACUUUCAAUGAAUUCUUCCACUUUUUAAACCUUAGGUAGAUACAUAGGUGCAGGUGCUUUUGGCUAAGACUACUUCAGUACUCGUGCUGGAGUUUUUACGUGAUAUUAUUUGUACAAGUUGAAGAUCUUCUACCAGUUUGGACUGGUUCCCCCUUUGAGCCCAUGAAGGUCAGCAGGUACAGAGAAUGGAUGGAUUCCAUGAGUGUGUGGUGGAAACAUUUGUGAUCAGGCAUAUUUAGUAUUUCCUGAUAGCAUUUGAACACACCGCCAGAGAGUUAUGUGGACUCCUCUCAUGGCCCCGCCCCCUAUUGAAGGUAUUUAAAGCACCUGUGGCAUCACGGCUCCUCUGUGACUGGAUUGUUUAACGGUUUUUGCCUGUUUUAGAGAGAUUGUUCUGGCGUAUUUUGGCCAGCAUUAUUAAAAAAAACAAACCCAUUAUUAAUGUGUUUUUGUUGUAUUGUCGGUUUUAAUCGGCUGCUGUUUUGCUUGUGUUUGCUCCAGCUUGGCCUUAGCUUUGAUGUGUUCCAUAGUUUACUUUGGGCCGACUGUUGGUUGCCGACUGGUGGUGGAAGUUCGUCACUCCAGAGUGGGUUUUUCCUUCACAGGCUGCAGUGGUACGAGCACUGGGCCACCUUAUCUCACACCAGUUUGUUGUGGCUGUGAGCUCACCAGUGGUUGGUGAUUUGUGUCUUUCUUGAAACACUUCCUGGCCACCUCCCCCCUGCUGGCUUCCAUCCACUCUCCUCUCCCUGUGCUGACUUACUGUGCUGGAAGGGUUUCCUUUUAAAAGAAUUUUACUAUUAAAUAAAGUUGAAUUAUUGUAACAA